CGGGGUUGUGACCGCGAGAAGCUGCGAGAUUUGCAGUGGCCAGAGUGAGUCCACACACAACAGAGCUGCUGGAUUUCAGAGACAAAGAGAGGAAUGGAGGACCAGACCUCCGACCAGAACCCGGAGCAGCGGAGCAACAAGGUCCCCAGAAGACAAGCAGCAGGCUCGGACUCUGAUACCACCGAUGUUCAGAAACAAAGCGGAAGAGAGGGACUCAAACGUCACCACUGUCAGCACUGUGACAAAUCCUUCACAACAUCAUCGUAUUUAAAGAUUCAUCAGAGAGUUCACACUGGAGAAAAUCUGCACAGCUGUGAUCAAUGUGGGACAGCUUUCACAACAGGGAGUGACCUAAAAAAACACCAGCGCAUUCACACUGGUGAGAAGCCGUACAGCUGUGAACAGUGUGGGAAAACUUUUUCCCGGAGUGAUUCUCUUAAACAACACCAACGCAUUCACACUGGAGAGAAGCCGUACAGCUGUGAACAGUGUGGGAAAACUUUCAGCUGUCAUCGUCGGCUACAGUCCCAUCAACGUGUUCACGCUGGAGAGAAGCCGUACAGCUGUGAUCUGUGUGAGAAAGCUUUCACCGUUCAGAGUCACCUUCGAUCCCAUCGACGUGUUCACACUGGAGAGAAGCCGUACUGGUGUGAACAAUGUGGGAAAACUUUUUGUCAGAGUGGCCAACUAGAAUGCCAUCGACACGUUCACACUGGAGAGAAGCCGUACUGGUGUGAACAAUGUGGGAAAACGUUUUCUCAGAAUAGUAGCCUUAAAUCUCACCAGCGCAGUCACGCCUCCUGCCUCCUCCUCAUACCUUCGGCAGGCGCUCAGCAGGCUAAUGGGACUGCGGCCGGUGCUGCCUCGCCACCCGGCGUGUCCUCCUUCACAGACCCCAGCUCGCUAUUUGCAGUGGCCAGAGUGAGUCCACACACAACAGAGCGAGCAGCGACAGAGGAGAGCUGCUGGAUUUCAGAGACAAAGAGAGGAAUGGAGGACCAGACCUCCGACCAGAACCCGGAGCAGCGGAGCAACAAGGUCCCCAGAAGACAAGCAGCAGGCUCGGACUCUGAUACCACCGAUGUUCAGAAACGGAGAGGAACAGAGGGACUCAAACGUCACCACUGUCACCGUUGUGACAAAUCGUUCACGAGAUCAUGGUGUUUAAAGAUUCAUCAGAGAGUUCACACUGGAGAGAAGCCGUACAGCUGUGAUCAAUGUGGGGCAGCUUUCACACGACAGGGUGACCUAAAAAUACAUCAACGCAUUCAUACUGGACAUAAUCUUCACAGCUGUGAUCAAUGUGGGGCAGCUUUUGCACGACAGAGUCACCUUCAAUGUCACCAACGUAUUCAUACUGGAGAGAAACCGUACAGCUGUGAUCAAUGUGGGGCAGCAUUCAUACAACAGAGUACCCUUAAAUCUCACCAACGCAUUCAUACUGGAGAGAAACCAUACAGCUGUGAACAAUGUGGGAAAACCUUUUCCACGAGAUAUAACCUUAAGUCUCACCAACGCAUUCACACUGGAGAGAAGCCGUACGGUUGUGAACAAUGUGGGAAAACGUUUUCUCAGAGUAGUGACCUUAAAUCUCACCGUGUUCACACUGGAGAGAAGCCGUACGGUUGUGAACAAUGUGGGAAAACUUUUUCUAAGAGUUGUAACCUUAAAUUCCACAGUAGUGUUCACACUGGAGAGAAGCCAUAUGGGUGUGAAACCUGUGGGAAAACGUUUUCUAAGAGUAGUUACCUUAAAUCUCACCAACGUAUUCAUACUGGAGAGAAGCCGUACGGCUGUGAUCAAUGUGGGAAAACUUUUUCUAGGAGGAGUAACCUUAAAUCUCACAAACGUAUUCAUACUGGAGAGAAGCCGUACGGUUGUGAACAAUGUGGGAAAACUUUUUCUCAUAGUAGUCACCUUAAAUGUCACCGGCGCAUUCACAUUGCCUCGUUAGUGAGUCCACACACAACAGAGCGAGCAGCCACAGAGGAGAGCUGCUGGAUUUCAGAGACAAAGAGAGGAAUGGAGGACCAGACCUCCGACCAGAACCCGGAGCAGCGGAGCAACAAGGUCCCCAGAAGACAAGCAGCAGGCUCGGACUCUGAUACCACCGAUGUUCAGAAACGGAGAGGAAGAGAGGGACUCAAAUGUCACCACUGUCAGCACUGUGACAAAUCCUUCACAACAUCAUCAUAUUUAAAGAUUCAUCAUAGAGUUCACACUGGAGAGAAUCUGCACAGCUGUGAUCAAUGUGGGGCAGCUUUCACACGUCGGAGUUACCUUAAAUCUCACCAACGCAUUCACACUGGGGAGAAUCUACAUAGCUGUGAUCAAUGUGGGGCAGCUUUCACACAACAGUGUCACCUUGAAGCUCACCAACGCAUUCACACUGGAGAGAAGCCGUACAGCUGUGGUCAAUGUGGAAAAGCUUUUUCAAAGAGUGGUGACCUUAAAUGUCACCAGCGCGUUCACACUGGAGAGAAGCCGUACAGCUGUGAACAAUGUGGGAAAGCCUUUUCUAUGAGAGGUACCCUUCAAUGUCACCAACGCAUUCACACUGGAGAGAAGCCGUACAGCUGUGAUCAAUGUGGGAAAGCUUUUUUUAAGAGUGAUAACCUAAAAUCCCACCAGCGAGUUCACACUGGAGAGAAGCCGUACUGGUGUGAACAAUGUGGGAAAACUUUUUCUCAGAGUUGUAACCUUAAAUCUCACCAGCGCAUUCACACUGCCUCAUUGUGAACAUGAUUCAGAGCCAAGUUGUUUCCUCAUGCCCUGAUAGCUGUUGUUAUAUUCUGAUCUUCUCUCUCAUUGAAGGCUGACCAGCAG